AUGAAUGCAGACGACAGAAGUUUUUUCUAUUCUUCGGAGAUGGUUAGUACUGAAGAUUUGGACGCCGAUGAUGAUUUCAGUGAAAUAUACAAGGCGUAUACUGGCCCUGUGAGUUCCAAUCCUCCAAAAGAACAAGAGAAAGCCACUAACAAAAGAUCCCUUGUUGGGUCCGAUGAAGAGGAGGAAGCUCGUGACCCUAAUGCGGUCCCAACAGAUUUUACUAGCCGCGAAGCAAAGGUUUGGGAAGCUAAAUCCAAAGCUACAGAGAGGAACUGGAAAAAGAGAAAAGAGGAGGAAAUGAUUUGUAAAAUAUGUGGCGAAUCAGGCCACUUUACCCAGGGUUGCCCAUCUACACUUGGGGCAAACCGCAAGUCCCAAGAUUUCUUCGAGAGGGUGCCUGCGAGGGACCCUCAUGUGAGAGCUUUAUUCUCAGAAGAUGUAUUGAAGAAAAUUGAGAAGGACGUUGGUUGUAAGAUCAAGAUGGAUGAAAAGUUUAUCAUUGUCAGUGGCAAAGAUAGGCUGAUUUUGAGAAAAGGUGUUGAUGCUGUUCACAAAAUUAGAGAAGAAGGUGACAACAAGGCUUGUCAAAAAUUUCAUGAAGAGGGUGAGAACAAAGGUUCUUCGCGUGCCAAGUCACUUGAACGUAGAAGUCCUCAUAGCUCUAGAAUGGGACGAUCAGGUUCCCAGAAGUCCAAUUCGAGCCCUCACAAUGCUCCACAUAUCCCACAUAGGUAUGGUAGACAAGAGAGAGUCAUGGAAGACCAUGUUCGUCAAGAUAUUCAGAAAUUGUCAACUGGCUCUCCCCAUGCUUAUGGUAGUGAUGGAGUUAGAGGUCAACCGAGCCGUUCCAAGUCUCCCGCACGUCCCUCAUACUUUGGAAAAUCCUAUAACAAUUCGUAUGAAGGCCACACUCACAACAGAGGUGCUAUCAGGACAGAUGGCUGGAAUUCUGAUAGAGGCAGAUUGAACAUGCAAUCGGACCACCCUAACUUUAAUAACUAUCCUCCCUUUCCCCAGACUCUGGAGGAUUUAGAGUUACAAUAUAAAAGGGAGGCUAUGGAACUUGCAAGGAUUCGAGACAAAGAAGAAGAUGAAGAAAAUUGCAAAUAUCGUGAGGCUCUUAGAGAAAUAUGGGAAAAUCACACAAAAAAGGCGGCUACACUGAGGGGAACACAUGCGAAUAUGUGGGACGAAUUCCUUCGAGCGGAGGGCCAGAAGAGGCAGGAAACACGCCUGCAAGUUCCUGCCGCGAGUUUUGGCGGCUACAAGCAAUCGGGAUAUGUCGAACAAGAUACUUCUUCGGGAAAUCUUCAUCAUUCAGUAGAUGUUAUGAUGCACACUAGGGGCCGGUACCCGAAUGCUGUUAACCAUGAUACUAAAUUGGUUGUUGGUUUUGAACUUUGGAUGCAGUUGUUGCUUGGGUUCCGAGGUUUAUUGCAUGGGAGCAAUCUGUUUAAGUCUCUUUUCAUGAAGGGAGUUAGUCUGACUUCACCGGCAAUGGCUACGGCAAUGCCAAAUCUUGCACCGGGACUUAUAUUUAUCAUUGCCUGGGCCUCGAGACUAGAGAAAAUAGAGUUAGGAUGCAUUUACAGCCAAGCCAAAAUCAUCGGGACUUUGCUGUGUGUGUUAGGGGCCGUCACAAUGAGUCUCAUGCAGAGUAUCGUGCAACGCAAGACGGCCAAUGAUUCCCACCCACCAGCAACAGGUGAGAAGAGUGUUGCUUUAGACAAUCAAACUAUUAUCGGCUGCAUAUAUCUCAUUGCAGCAGUUCUUGUUCUGUCGAGCCAAGUUGUUCUGCAGGCUAUUACUCUGCAUGAUUUUCCAGCACCGAUAUCUUUGUGCGCAUUGACUUCAUUGACUGGUGGGCUAACUACGGCAAUAUUCGAAAUUUUUGAGGAUCACAAAACCGAGCAUUCGGGAUGGCCUUUAUUGACCGUUGAAGACAUGGUUCUCUAUGCCGUAUUCGCAGGCAGCGUAAGUGGGAUGUGCGUGAGCAUGAAUGCAUGGGCAAUGAAGAAAAGAGGUCCGGUUAUUGUGUCGAUAUUCAAUCCGCUUGGAACAGUCAUUUCCACUAUCUUCUCUGUUAUCACAUUGAAACAAUCCAUUUGUGUCGGAAGUCUUGGAGGUAUGUGCCUGAUGUUCAUCGGUCUCUACUGCGUGCUUUGGGCUAAAAGAAAGGAAGGUUUUUCUGUUGCCGGCGAAAGCUCACUGGAAACCGAGCCCGACCUCGAGAAGCUUCUAUUAGCUUGA